GGCGAGGAGCCGGAUGUUUACGGUUCGGACGGGAAAUGAUGGUACCAUGCGAUCGCUUGCGUUUUCUACAUGGAUUUAGAAAUGUCACGGAGGCGCCUGUAUUAUUUUCACUGGUAUUUGGAUAUACCGUGCUGCAUGCGUUUGAUCCUGUAGCCUGAGCUGAUUAUUGCAGAGUGCUGCCUGGUCCUGCUUCUGGCCUUUCCCCGGUCCCGGGCCAGUCCUUCCGUAUGCUAACCCUACUGGGCAUGUUUUACUAUAUCUGUCUGCGGCGCCGGUCCAGAAGCGGAACCCGGGGCGAGGUUCUCACCAGCCGGCGGGCCGUGGAAUGCAACCAGCGCACGCUGCCCCUGAGCGUGGAGGUGAAGCAGUAUGCUAAGGAGGUGCUGGACUUCAGCUCCCACUAUGGCAGUGAGAACAGCAUGUCCUACACUAUGUGGAACCUGGCUGGCCUGCCCAACGUCUACCCCAGCUCCGGGGACUUCACCCAGACCGCCGUGUUCCGCAUGUACGGCCCCUGGUGGGAACAGUGCUCCAGCAUGCCGCAGCCAUUUCCCAGGAUGCCCCUGUCCUUCCACAGCCAGGAUUACAUCGAGCUGGGCUUCGAGGAGCCUGUCUACCCCACUGCCCUGGAAGUACUGGAAACCUACCACCCAGGGGGCAUUGUCCAGAUCCUGGCCUGCUCUCUCAACCCCUUUUCCCAGAAUCCACCUUCUGAUGUCAGGUGGGAGGUGCUGUGGGCGGGGAAGCCCACCAAGAGCCUGAACCCACAGGCCCGGCAGUUUUCUCCCAGCAUCAAGCAGAUAAGCUUCGCCACCAAUCUGAUUCGGCUAGAGGUGAACAGCUCCAUGCUGGACUACUACACAGAGCUAGAUGCUGUCAUCCUGCGCGGGGUCAAGGAGCGCCCCGUCCUGGCGCUAUACAAGACCCCUAUGCUGGACAUGAGCGAUCUGAGUGACGGCGAGGACGAGGACAGGGAACUGGAGGCGUGCUAUGGUAGACAGGCCGAAGACGCCAAGCGGGGCACGGGGAAUGGCUACUUUGAUAAGCUUCCCUAUGAGCUGAUCCAGCUCAUCGUGAGUCACCUGACCCUGCCAGACCUGUGCCGAUUGGCCCAGACCUGCAAGCUGCUGAGGCAGCACUGCUGUGACCCGCUGCAGUACGUCCAGCUCAGCCUGCAGCCCUACUGGGCCUGGCUGAGCGACGCCUCCCUGGGCUACCUGCAGAGGUGCUGCACCAUGGUCCAGAGGAUCAACCUGUCCUGGACGGGGAACCGCGGGGCCCUCACCGUCACCGGCUUCUGCAGCUUCAUUAAGGCAUGUGGGCAGGGCUUGGUCUGCCUGGAACUGUCCUGCUGCCACUUCCUGACCGAGGCCUGCCUGGAGGUGAUCUCCCAGACCUGCACGGGCCUGCAGGAGCUCAAUCUCUCUUCCUGUGACCGGCUGCAGCCCCAAUCCUUCGGGCACAUAGCCAAACUGACGCAGUUGCGGCGGCUGGUGCUGUACCGCACCAAGGUGGAGCAAACGGCCAUAUUGAACAUCCUCACCUUCUGCACUGAGCUGAAACACCUUAACCUGGGGAGUUGUGUAAUGAUCGAGGACUACGACGCGGUGGCCAGCCUGCUGAGCACGCGCUGCCGCUCGCUGCUCUCGCUGGACCUGUGGCGCUGUAAGAACCUGACUGAGCGCGGCCUGGCGGACCUGGCGUCCGGCUGCCGGCUGCUGGAGGAGCUCGACCUGGGCUGGUGCUCCACUCUGCAGAGCAGCUCCGGCUGCUUCCAGAACCUGGCCCGGCAGCUGCCCCGUCUGCGCAAGCUCUUCCUCACCGCCAAUCGAACCAUCUGUGACUCGGACAUCGAGGAGCUGGCUGCUGGCUGCUCUGCCCUCCAGCACCUCGACAUCCUGGGGACCCGGAUGGUGAGUCCGGCUUCCCUGUGGAAGCUGCUCCGCUCCUGCUCCGGCCUGCUGCUUCUCGACGUGUCCUUCUGCUCGCAGAUAGACGCGCGUGUCGUCCAGGAGCUGAGCGCCCAUUUCCCCGCCGUGGCCAUCAAGAAGAGCUUCACCCAAUGACUGGGGAGCGCGGCCGCCCCGGCCAUGACGAGAUCUGCGGCGGCUGCUCUGACCCGUCCGGUCGUGGUCUCCAGGUUCUUUGGGGCAUCACUAAUUCUUCUAAGAUAGUCCUCCAUCUCCUUUUCAGUGUUGGCAAGGAUGCUGAUCUCAGGGCUUGAUUUCCCACUGCGUUUUUUUUUUUUUUUUUUUUUUAAAUCCAGAGUAGCUGGUCCCUCAAUCUCUCCACCCACCUCUGCUGGGAUGAUUACCCUCGUUAAAUUGUCUUUCUAUGCAGAAUGAAGUUGCAGAGGUCAGGCAGAUGGAUGCAUCCACUCUACAUCAGCACUGAUGCCCUUAGGUGAACACAUGUGUUGUGUUGCUCUCCUCACUGAAAGACACGACCAUGUCCGGUGUUGCUCCUGUCUGCCUAGGAUGGAGUUCAGGUGCUACAGAAGAUGCCUGAUUAUUUUUGUUCGUCCUUAUCUCUGUUUAUGAGACAUUGUUGUGCCUUAGGUGGAGGAGGGUGGAGAUUAUAUACUGCCACUCCCCAGGCCGCAGGAGCCACGAGCAUGAUGGGAAAACCAUCAGCUGAUCUGCAGAGACUCAGACGUCCCGAGUUAAAAACGUCUCAGUCGCCACCCUGUCCGGGCAGCGCACAGUCACCGCCUGAGCCGCAUUGCAAAGCAGCCCAUCGACACGCUCUGCCCGCCAGACAUGCGGCGUGUUACUCACACUUGAUACGUCACUGCGGGCAUCAGACAGACGAGGCGCAUUAUGCGAAGCAUUCUGAUGAACGUCUUGGAUGACCAGCCACACUACAGCAUGACAACGCAGAGCACGGUGCCCACACUACUGCAUAUGUUUAGAAAAUUCUCGGAUGAUUUUCCUGUAACAAUGUUGUGUGUUGCUUGUUAAUUUUAUUGAAGGGGAGCUGUGCUGUUUUGGUGUCAAUGUCAUGAAACAAAUAAGCAGGUGCAUAUACACGCGAAAGCACAAAUAUUCUGAUGUAUGUGCGGAUUACGGGGGAAUGAGUGAUGAGCUGCAUGCAUUUCCUGUGUGUGCAGCGCCUCCCAGUCUCGGACAUUAAGAGCAUUUACACGCACACACCCACACUGUUGGACGAAGCACAUUAACCGAUUAGCGUCCUGUAUGCCUGUAAUUCCGCUUGAUCUCCCAGUGGUUUUGAGUCUCUCAGCACUGAGAUCUGACCCCUAAGCCUAACCCUAAGCCUAACCUCUGCAGAACCCAGCACUAAUCUGUGCCUCUGCUUUUUUUUUCUUGUACACCUGGAUUUAAUAAAGUGAAAAUUGUGAAUUAAUCUGA